AUGUCUGAAGCGGUGAAGAAUCUGAGAAUAUCUAUCGUCGGUGCUGCUGACUGUUCAGGCAUGGGCGGUCUGGCCUGUGCCCUGGCACUGGCCAAGGAAGGAUUCAAGAAGAUCGAUGUCUUUGAAACCGCCUCGGACCUGGGCUUUGUCGGAGCCGGAAUUCAAUUGGCGCCCAACAUGGCUCGAAUCCUCGACCGGCUGGGUGUGUGGGAGGAUAUUGCCAAGGAGGCGACCAACAUCAAAGAGACCAGUAUCAGGCAAGGUUCUACCGACGCAGAGUUAGGCCAUGUCGAGCUAGACUAUGUCGAAAAGACCUAUGGGUACCCGCACAUGGUCGGACACCGAUAUUCCCUGGCAAAUGGCAUGUAUGAGGGCUGCAAGAAGGAAAAAGCCAUCACCUUCCACUUUGCCACCACCAUCAAGUCGAUUGAAUCCUUCGGGCCCAAGCCCACUAUCAUCGCCGCGCCUCGCGACGGAACGGAGCCCUACACGGUGGAGUCAGAUAUCCUCUUGGCCUGCGAUGGCAUCAAGAGCAACAUUCGUGUCGAAAUGCUCAAGAGACGGGGCGAGGAUGCCCACGUGCAGGAUACCAAUCAGGCUGCCUACCGUAUCAUGUUACACCGCGACCAGAUGGCCAAUGACCCCGAACUUCUCGAGUUGCUGGACAGCGACAUGGUGGUGCGCUGGAUCGGGGAGAAGAGACACAUCAUCGCCUACCCUGUCUCCAGCAAGACCAUCUACAAUCUUUCCACCACCCAGCCAGAUGUCAACUUUGCUGCAGCUCCUUCAGCCACCUACACCACCAAGGGCUCCAAGUCCGCCAUGCUCAAAGUUUUCGAAGACUUCUGCCCCAAGAUUCAGCGGAUGCUCAACUUCGUGCCUGAGGGCGAGGUCUGCGAGUGGAAGCUGCGUGUCCACUCUCCGCUGUCGACUUGGAUUGAACAAACUGUCGCUCUGGUCGGCGAUGCUUGCCACCCGACUCUGCCUCAUCUGGCUCAGGGAGCGGCCCAGGCCAUCGAAGAUGCCGCCGUCAUCGCCGUUGUGCUAUCCCGGCUCCCGGACACGUCUCCAGAAUCGAUCAACAAGGCUCUGCGGGUGUAUGAGAAGAUCCGUAAGGAACGCGCUGAGACCCUCGUGGAGUUGGCCGCUGCAUCAGGACGGACGCUGCACUUGGGAGAGGGCGCCGCGAAGGAGGAGAGAGACAAGCAAUUUGCCGCUUUGAAGAAGGGCAAAGGCCCAGUACCGGACAAGUGGGCCGACGCAGAUGUCCAGAGAAUGGUCUAUGGCUUUGACUGCACCAAGGUGGCACAGGAAUCUUUCGACGAGCUCUUCAACGAACUGUCUGCCAGCAACGGUGUCAACAGUACCAACGGUGCCAACGGUGCCAACGGAGUCAACGGAGUCAAUGGAGUCAAUGGAGUCAAUGGAGUCAAUGGAGUCAAUGGAGUCAAUGGAGUCAAUGGGGUCAACGGGGUCAACGGUCAUUCAAACCUUUAA